UUUCUUUCUAGGGUUUCUCUUUGAGCGCAACACCGAGAGAGCGAGCGAGGCACAUCUAGAGUGACAGAGAGAGACACUCAUUAGUCAUCACCAUGGGUCGUAUGCACAGUAGAGGUAAGGGUAUUUCGGCUUCUGCUCUUCCAUACAAGAGGACCCCACCAAGCUGGCUGAAGAUCUCUUUUCAGGAUGUUGAGGAGAACAUCUGCAAGUUUGCUAAGAAGGGUCUGACUCCAUCUCAAAUUGGUGUUAUUCUUCGUGAUUCUCAUGGGAUUGCUCAGGUUAAGACUGUUUCCGGUAGCAAGAUUUUGCGUAUACUGAAGGCCCAUGGGCUUGCUCCUGAAAUUCCUGAGGAUCUGUACCACCUCAUCAAGAAAGCAGUCUCCAUUCGCAAGCAUUUGGAGAGGAAUAGGAAGGACAAAGAUUCUAAGUUUAGGUUGAUUCUGGUUGAGAGCAGGAUCCAUCGCCUAGCUCGCUACUACAAAAAGACAAAGAAGCUUCCACCUGUAUGGAAAUAUGAAUCUACCACCGCCAGCACUCUUGUGGCUUAGGUUAGUAAUUUUUUUGGAUGCUCCCAUGAGAUACUCUCUGACGAGGAAGACUCAGUUUUUCAAUAUCUAAUGUUUUGUCAGAUUUCGUUUUAAGGAAAGUUUCUGAGGAUGAUUGUUAUGUUUUAAACAAUUUGGCUGUUGGGAGUGCAUUUGAGUAAUUUCUUGUUCGUUCUUA